AUGGCCAACACCACCUGGAUGGCCAACCACACUGGAUGGUCGGAUUUCAUCCUGAUGGGACUCUUCAGACAAUCCAAACAUCCGGCUCUACUGUGUGUGGUCAUUUUUGUGGUUUUCCUGAUGGCAUUGUCUGGAAAUGCUGUCCUGAUCCUUCUGAUACACUGUGACGCCCACCUCCACACCCCCAUGUACUUUUUCAUCAGUCAAUUGUCUCUCAUGGACGUGGUGUACAUUUCUGUCACUGUGCCCAAGAUGCUCCUGGACCAGGUCAUGGGUGUGAAUCAGAUCUCAGCCCCUGAGUGUGGGAUGCAGAUGUUCCUCUAUCUGACACUAGCAGGUUCAGAAUGUUUCCUUCUAGCCGCCAUGGCCUAUGACCGCUACGUGGCCAUCUGCCAUCCUCUCCGUUACCCUGUCCUCAUGACCCGUAGGGUGUGUCUCUUCCUGGCAUCGGGCUGCUGGUUCCUGGGCUCAGUGGAUGGCUUCAUGCUCACUCCCAUCACCAUGACCUUUCCGUUCUGCAGAUCCCCAGAGAUUCAUCAUUUCUUCUGUGAAGUCCCUGCUAUAAUGGUCCUGUCCUGCUCAGACACCUCCCUCUAUGAGACCCUCAUGUACCUAUGCUGUGUCCUCAUGCUCCUCAUCCCUGUGAUGAUCAUUUCAAGCUCCUAUUUACUCAUCCUCCUCACCAUCCACAGGAUGAACUCAGCAGAGGGCCGGAAGAAGGCCUUUGCCACCUGCUCCUCCCACCUGACUGUGGUCAUCCUCUUCUACGGGGCUGCCAUCUACACCUACAUGCUCCCCAGCUCCUNCCACACCGCUGAGCCGGAACAAGCUGUAUCUGUAUUUUGCACUAUACUCACUCCCAUGCUAAACCCCCCCAUCUACCUCCUGAGAAAUGAGGGUAUGGUGGGGCUCUUCAGAAAGUUCUGGGAACACAUCAAGUCUCUAAACAGAACAUAUAAAUAUCAAUGUGGAAAACAACG